AUGGUGCAGCUGGUGAGCUCCAUCAUCUUUGGCAUCUUGAGCACGAUUGUCAUAUUUCUGCGGGCCCAGAUUCGCUUUCGGGAUAAGGUUUUUGGCGUGGAUGAUGCACUCAUGACUGCAGGAUACUUCGUCUGGCUGUUCCAGAUCUUCUACUGCGCCGCCCUCGUUUUCAUCAAAGCCUCGAUUUGUACCACUCUCCUCCGGAUCGCCGUCGCGCCGAUACAUCGCAUCAUCGCUUGGGCGACCUUGAUUAUGUCUAUUUGCGCAGCCCUCAUUGUUUUCAUCAGCUUGUUUGUUCUUUGCAGACCACUACCAGCUACGUGGACAGGCGAAGGAACUUGCGCGACGCCGUCGGCCCUGGCAAUCCUGAGUUACUUUGUGUCGGCGGCAUCCUUGGUCACUGACUUGGUAUGCGCAAUACUGCCUGGUUUUAUGCUUUAUAAGGCCCAGAUGAAGACAGCAACCAAGAUCUCGAUCAGUUUGGUUCUUGGAAUGGGUGCUCUUGCAUCGAUAGCCACGAUCAUACGAAUGCCUUACAUGAAGUUCUACUUCCAUCCCGAAAAGGACUAUCUAUACCGAGUCUGCAACGUCGCCUUAUGGUGUUUGUUCGAAACGGGAAUUGGUAUCGUGGCUGGGUGUUUGCCGCCACUACGAAAGCUAGUCAAACGCUGGGUCAACUUCGACUCUUCACAUGGUCAUUCUUCGGGGAACACACCAUAUGGCAAAAACAGUUCACUUGGAGUCACGACCAAGGUAGGGACAACAAGCCGCAAGCCAAGAAUUCCGACGACUGGUGGGAUUUCUACUGGGGGCGAGUGGGAGCGACUUGAUGAUGAUUCGUCGAAGCGACGGAUUCAUGUCACCGUGGAUAUGGAGAUGCAUACCAUGGAGAACGGUGCCUCGUCCGUGGGGUCGCAGGAUUCUAUUGAGGAACUCGCCAGACCGAUUUGA